CACGGAGAUAAACAUGAAGAGCCUCACACUCCUGAUCUUCUGCUGCGUGAUAGCUGCAUGUCUGAGUGCAGGUGUGUUUGUGAUAAGAGAUGUGGCCUCAACAGUUGUGAGAGAGAAGAGAGCAGGAACAGCAUCUGCAGACCUGACUGUGGCUCAGCUGGAGAGUCUGAGGGAAGUGUGUGAAGCAAACCUGGCCUGUGAGCACAUGAUGGACGUGUCCGGCAUCAUCGCGGCCUACACUGCGUACUACGGGCCCAUUCCCUACUAGAGCCAGAGCAGCAUCUCUUGUUAAAAUGCAUUAUGAGCAUCUGUCAAAAAUGAUAAAAAAAUUAAAACCUAAGCAGAGGAAUUGCUGAAGCCAUAUCCGAUAAUAAUAA